CGAUCCAUGGUCUCGAGAAGAGAACAACCCGAUGAUCAUGAAUUGGGAGGCGCGACGAGCUCGAGCUCGAUCGUGAGGAAGGGACUGUGGUCACCAGAAGAGGACGAGCUAUUGCUGAAUUUCAUACUGCAGCACGGGUGUGGAAACGUAUGGACCACUGUUCCCAAGCUUGCGGGGCUCCAAAGAAGUGGGAAGAGCUGUAGGCUAAGGUGGAUGAACUACUUGAGGCCGGACCUAAAACGUGGGAAAUUCAGCGACGAGGAGAAUCAAAAGCUCAUCGAGCUCCAUGGGCUUGUUGGAAACAGGUGGGCUUACAUUGCUUCCCAGCUUCCCGGAAGAACAGACAACGAUGUGAAGAACCAGUGGAACUCGCGCAUCAGGAACAAGGCAUUUGUAGCCCACUCACCCGUUUCUCAAGAUCAUGAAAGAAGCGACCCACCUCCAUCUCCUCCCACGCCGGAGAUUCCAGACCCCGCAGGAGAAGAGUUUCAUGAUACUCACCUCCUCCAAGGCAAUCCAGCAGAAGAAUCAGCCUCGUCUCCAGCGGCGACGUCUAGUGCUGGAUCAUCAGCAUCGCUACAAUCACACGGUCAAAGCCCUUUGAUGGAUGGCGAUCUUGGCUGCGUUGUCUGGCAGUGCUUCAUGAGGUAGAAGCCAAGGCAUGAUCCACGGACUUCGCCCAGGCGUUCACGGGCAUUGCAAGCAUCGUACCACGAGUCUGGGCUUCUAUACAGAUCAUAAACACCGCGCGUACGGUGUGAUUCCCUGGAAAGAAAGUUCG